AUGGCGGCACCCAGUACGAGCUCCAGCCGGCCGGCCCCCGCUUUCCCUUUCCCCUUCCCCGUUUCUUCUCCCGGGGAGGCGCCGCCGGCGGCCGACCCGAAGAAGAAGAAGCCGCCCUGUCGAGCCUGUACGGAUUUCAGGAGCUGGAUGCGGGACCAGAAGAAGCAGGCAGCCUCGGAAACAGAAGUCAAAGAGAAAGAGUUUCCUUCAGAUUGUCCUUUAGACAGAGAAGAACUAGGAAGACAUUCGUGGUCUUUUCUUCACACAAUGGCAGCAUAUUACCCUGAUCGGCCCACUAAAAUCCAGCAGCAAGAAAUGGUACAGUUCAUCCACCUAUUUUCCAAGGUUUUCCCUUGUGAUGAAUGCUCAGAAGAUAUGAGAGAUAGAAUACAAAGAACUCAACCUGAUGCCAGCAACAGGCGUAACCUGACGCAGUGGUUUUGCCGGAUUCACAACGAGGUGAAUAAGAAGUUGGGGAAGCCUGAAUUCGACUGCUCGCUUAUUGACCAGCGCUGGCGGGACGGUUGGAAAGAUGGGUCCUGUGAUUAGGAAGGUUGUCCAUCUUGAUUAAAAAUCAUCAAAAUCACACCUGGGAUGGACUUUUGCUGAGACAUACAACUGUGCCUUUGUCCUGGGUUUGAUGUGACAGAGGUGGGGUGCAGGAGUUACAAUGAGUCCUGUCUGAUUGUUGCUGGUUCUGGAAAAUGUGGUCAUGAACAAAUCUCUGUAAUUCUUGUAAGAGAAUUGUUGUGAGGCAAGUUUCCACCCCCUGGUUUUUCCUCCUCCUCCUGACAGUCUUGAAUCUCUUCCUGUUGUGAGCAAGUGCUGCUUUACAAAACUAGGCCUUCUUCCCCGACCCCUGCAUUGGACUGAAUACACUUCUCAGAGUCCUGGGUAUCGCACAUGCAGGUGCCUGUGACUAUUCGUCCAGCUCCAGCAUCUUUUUGCUUUCAUUUGAUUGCUUGUCUCUGUGUUCACCAGAUUACUCUUCAUAUCUGUUUCUUCCCUUGCCCUUGUAAUCUGGAAUGCUGUUUUAAUUGUUUCAAAGUAGUCCUGUUCAGAAGACACCUUAAA